CAUAUAUCUACACAAAAGAUCUCUGUACUUGUUACUUUAAAUUGCAUUAUAAAUUAAUGAUGCAUCAAUCUUGCUUUUGGUAUAGUAUAUCCAUCCGACGGAUACACAUAAAUUGAAUCAAGCAGAAUUACUUGUGAUCGACGAAGCAGCAGCAAUUCCUUUACCAUAUGUCAAAGCUAUGCUUGGACCUUAUCUGAUAUUUCUUGCGUCGACUAUAAAUGGAUAUGAAGGCACGGGCCGGUCUUUGUCGCUCAAACUGCUUCAGCAAUUAAGGACACAGACUGUCGGUUCAAACAGUCACGGGAAGAAUGAGGAACAAAAUGAGAAGACUUUUAUUGGGAGGCAAUUGCACGAACUUACUCUUGACGAAUCAAUUCGUUAUAAACCUGGCGAUGCCGUGGAACAGUGGCUGUGCGAUUUGCUUUGUUUGAACGCUACGAUACAAGCACCUAUUUUAUCCGGAUGUCCUCCCCCUGACAUGUGUCAGUUGUAUUACAUAAACAGGGAUACAUUGUUCUCCUACCACAAAGCCUCCGAAUUGUUCUUACAGAGACUGGUUUCUCUGUAUGUUGCAUCACAUUAUAAAAACACACCUAACGACUUGCAAAUGAUGUCUGACGCACCUGCGCAUCAUCUAUUCUGUCUUUUAGGGCCUGUGGAUACUAAUAAAAAGACUUUACCGGAAAUACUAGCUGUUCUUCAAAUUUGCUUAGAAGGUGAAGUCAGUAAAAGUAGCGUGAGUGAAGGUCUCUCGCGAGGUCGCAGAGCAUCCGGCGAUUUGAUACCAUGGACAAUUGCGCAGCAAUAUCAAGAUGAAGAUUUCCCAGUAUUAGCUGGUGCGCGCAUUGUUCGUAUUGCCACGCAUCCAGAUUAUCACAGAGUAUGUUUUUUUAUUACAUA